GGGUCAUUGGCUUUGAGAAAGCGCUCUGUUUGGGUUGACUUUGUGUAACAAAUUCUAAAAUCUAUGCUAUCGAUUCCUAGCUUUCAUUAUCGUUUUAUCUUACUCUCAUGUUUGUGUUUAUCUGUUUGUUGUCGAUAGUUUUGUACAAUGAAUUUAAGUGCAUGUCGUGUGGCACUAAGUAUUUGGCCUAGUUUCUUCAUUUGUAUUUUAUUCUUCCAGAUAGUCUCAUAGAAAACUCCUCCUACUCCACAAGCACACAAUUUAGCUGAAGGUUAGACGAGAGUCUGUGAGUUGCAUGUUCACAAAUGAGCUCAGAAGAUGAAUUUUUCGAUGCUCCUGAAGCUUUAGGAUGUGGAUGCUACGUCCGAAAAUGGAGUGACAAUGAUGACGAGUUGAUUCGUACGUGUUUUGAUUUUGACAGUCAGAAUGCUCGUAGACGAAGUCGAGUAGAAUCUCUCAAGAGGAAUCUUUUGGAAAAGUCAUAUUCUCUUGGACAUGCAUCUGGAAUCAAUAGUUUGGAGACUAUGGAUGAGGUCCUGCCGCAAAAUGUUUGCAGUCCGAUCUCUCCAACAAUCAAGACAUCAUAUCAGUCCGAAAUUGGAGUCGUAAAUCUUCCAGGCGGGAAAGAUGAGUUCAUUUCAGACCAAGAGUUAUUACGCAGAAUCAAACUGCACCACGAACCUGAUUUUGGCUUUUUAAAUUCGCAGCAGGAAAACCCAAGUUUGUUGAAAUACGUUAAUGUUCAGGAGUCAUCUAUAAAUAAUCAUCUGAACUUACUGGUUACUGACGGUACUAAGAAAAAAUUAUCAGAAACACAGUUUGCACAAACACAGACUAUUUUCAGUGACAACGGGUCAUUAAGGUAUCCCAAUGAGUGUGCGUUUAGAUCUCCUAUGGAUGUUAGCAUAUGUGGUUGUUCGAAUUCAGGACCCACUGUUACUCCAACAGUGUGUGGACAUACACAUUUUAUUACGAAUGAAGUUACAGACUGUAAUUUAAUUGAGCGUGCAGACCUUCCGGUCUUUCAACUUCUCAGGUCACAAGCAGUAUCUUCAGCACCUGAAGUAUCAAGUAGAAAUACAGACGCUAAACACCUCUUGGAUUAUGUCAAAUCUUGGUCUCUAGGUGCGGCUAAACAACAUAGCACUGGACCGUUUCCAUCUGUUAAUGGAACUGUUACAUUAGAUCGCAUCAGUGAGUUCAUAAUAUAA